GCGUUGCUAUUCAACCGAGCCGUCGACGACCUUGACGCGUGGUGCGACGACGUCGAAGGUCACCUCGCGUCCGAGGACCACGGCCGCGACCUGACGAGCGUCAAGAAGCUGCUCAAGAAGCACCAGCGCCUGGAGACGGACAUCACGAACCACCUCGGCGCGAUCAAGAAGGUCGAGGCGAUGGCGCGGGGGUUCGACGCCGCCGGACACUUCAUGAACGACGACAUACAGGCGCGUGCGAAGACCAUCAUCGAUCGGUACUACUCUCUGCGUGAGCCGGCGCAGAUCCGUCGCGAAAACCUCGAAGACGCGAAGCUGCUGCAGCAGUUUGCUCGCGACGUCGAGGAGGAGGUGUCGUGGAUCGAGGAGAAGCUUCCCCUCGCGCGCAGUCCGCAGACAGCGGCAACAGCCUCACCGCCGUCACCAACCUGCAGAAGAAGCACCAG